AUGAAUGAAACAGCCACUCUAAACAAGAGGCGGCCGUUCAUCGCCCUUGAAGAACAUUUUGCCUAUGCACCGGAGCUUCUCGACGCAACCGAUAUCCAAAAUCCUUAUUACUAUAUUCUCAAGUAUUUGCCUGGGAUCAAAGAGCAGCUACUCGAUGUUGGACCGGGCCGCAUUGAGACCAUGGACGAAGGCAACAUCACUCUUCAGGUCCUCUCGCACUUACCCGUGUCUCCUAAACUUGAUUACCACCAAAGCCGCGCCGUGAACAACAAGAUAGCGGAGGCGGUCAAGGCCCAUCCCAGCCGCUUUGCUGGCUUUGCCACUCUACCCGUCGGAGAUCCAACGCGAUGUCCGGAAGAACUGACUCGCGCUGUCAAGGAGCUCGGGUUUCUAGGUGCGUUGAUCGAGGGACACACGGACGACAAUGCCUACUACGACGGCUAUGACUAUCUUCCCAUGUGGCAGACCGCUCAAGACCUCGAUGUACCGAUAUACCUACACCCAACCUGGCCCACUGAUGUUAGUCUUGUUUCACAGUUCCAAGGUAACUUUCCCCCGCUUCAUUCGAACUUUCUUUCGAGCUUCAUAUUCGGCUGGCAUUCGGAUACUGCGAUUCAUAUUCUCAGGCUAUUUGCUUCUGGAUUGUUCGAUAGGUUGCCUCGUCUGAAGCUCAUUAUUGGUCAUAUGGGUGAAACGCUGCCUUUCAUGCUUGAACGGAUUGCCACUAUCACGUCACUCUGGGGCUUAGAGCGCAACUUCACCUCCGUUUGGCAGGAGAAUAUCUGGAUUACCACUAGCGGUUCUUGGAGUCUGAAUCCAAUGGCGUGUAUUCUACGAAAUACAGCUCUUGAUCAUGUUCUUUUCAGCGUGGACUACCCCUUCUCAAGCAACAUGGGGGCGCAGAGAUUCUUUCGGGAACUGGCUGAGAGUGGCCUAGUGGACGAUGCGCAGCUAGAUGCGAUUGCAUACAAGAAUGCCGAAAGGCUCCUAGGCAUUACGGUGGCAAAUACUUGA